AUGGCUGGGACGGGGAUCUAUACCGCUUCGAAACAUGCUGUUGCUGGUCUGACCAAGGCUGCAGCCUUAGAAGCUCGACAGCACGGCAUCCGCGUCAACGCCCUGUCGCCCGGCUUCAUCUUGACCAAGAUCGCAGAGCCCGUGGUCAAAUCCGACCCGCAGGUCUACGAGACCUGGAAGACAUUCGAGGCCCGCCAAGGCCGACAGGGCAAGCCCGAGGAGAUUGGUGACGCUGUGGCCUUGUUGUCCUCGACUCAGAUGAGCCUGGUCAACGGUCACAAUCUUGUCGUGGAUGGGUGA